AGGAAGGUACCUUACGCAUGCAAGCACGCAUCAUCGCAGCCCACCGACCACGACUCACCUACCACCAACCGCGCACCCACCCCACCAAGCCCUCCUUCUCUCCUGCUUCUCCCAUCCUUCCAUCGCGAUCUCAGACGCAGGCACGCACAGCACCCCCAGCUCCCAGCAGGCAGGCAUUGGGCAGCCAGGACAAGAAGAAGGCAGGCGCGCACCCGGGCCUCCCUAACCGCGAGCCUCCCCUCGCACGCAGCAAUCCUCGCAGCGGGGCCCCUGCGCGCUCGUUCGCUUCGCUCAAGCAAACAAGCGCCAUAAGUCCUCAUGGGCCUCCCCGCCUGCGCUCCAUGCUCCCUCUGGGCUGACCCCAUCAUCCGAUCCGAGUCCAACCGGCCGAAAUUCGCCGCGCGUGCACGUCUG